AUGUCUACCAACUCCCUGGUUUCCCUCCAAGCCCUCCUAGAGAUCGGAUUCUCACAGGGAAAGGCAGAGCAACUCUGGACGGAGUGGUCAAAUUGGCCGGAAGGGCCCGUUAGCCGAGAGACAGACCCUUAUGAUGGGGGCUUGCAGAUGACGUUUGAUCACUUCUUCAUUGCAGGCCUCGAGAGAGACGACGGAGAUGUUUGGGGCGACGACGAAACAGAAUGGCGAAACUCGCUCACUCGCUAUGGUAUCAAUAGCAGCGCUGCAUACCAAUCAAACAAACUUGGUUUGGGUGCAGCGCUGAUCAAUAGUGACACGCAAGAUGCCAUUAUGAACCCCGAAUUCGAACACCUUCGCUUGGCUCAAUCCGCACGGUUCUUGGCUAAAGACACCGUCGAGAUGCGCUACGCCUGGUUGCAAAGAUGCGCAAACCAAUCCACGACAAUUCCGUCCCUGCAAUCUUCAACAGCAGAGAACGAUGGCCAGGCACCCGAAAACAUUCCACACGAGGCCAAUCGUGGACCUCCGUACAAACUGAAACUGUACAAAGCUGCAGAAUUGGGUCGUGCCCAUCGACUAUUCGACGAGAACGGGGCGUUUGACUGCAUCGCAGAUCUCCGCAGUCCUGCUCCUUCAGACUUCACUGCACAUUCGUCAGCAUUCUACUUCAGCCCUGACAUCGAGGUUGCCCAACUCGAAGGCGCUUACGCGAAGCGCAGGGCGAGUCGCUCAUCAAUUGUGCUCAUACAGAUCACGAUACCGGUCGAUGAGAUUGACAAGCUGCCAGACGAAGAGAUUCUCUCUGGCCUGCACUGGACGGACCUCCUGUGGAAACAACUAGUCUGGUCAUCUCGAAGAGGAGAGAUUAUGUCGGGCGACCUCCGUAAAUAUCGAGGAGUGACUAUCAUCGUUGGUACUAAGGCUCGAUUACCGAACGCAGCGUACAGCAAGAUGGAAUCCCCAGGAGAUAUCAAGAAAGAUUGUAUUUACAUGGUCACCGAAAAGUUUGAGUCACCGUCGGCAAUUCAAUGGAUGUUUUCUGCAGAGGGUGAGGAAUUCUUGAGAGAUCACGGUAGCUUCAAGGUCGUUAGCUAUUUCUAA